UCUUUCGUUUUUUAUUUUUUGUAUGUCUAUUAUUAUUUAUUACUAUUCUGAGACUCAAUCGGCAAUCAGACAUUAAUAAUUUAUUUCAGUAUUCAGUAUUCGUCAUUCGGUGUCGUUGUUCACUUGUUUGUUGUUCAGUGUUUCUGACGUUUCUGUUCGUCGUUGUUGUUUUAGCGUGCCAGAUUUGCGUUUGCUCGACUGGAAUUUAUUAUUAUUAUUGUUUUUACUUUCACUUUUUCGUUCUUCAUUGGAAGAGACAGACAGACAGAAAAAAACAAACAAAAAUAUAUUUCAAUGGUGAUCUAACACUGUUGCUUUAGGCGAUUGAAUCCUCUUGACGUGCUGUGAAUACGCGCUGGAUUUUUAAGUAUCAUGGCUGAAGCCCAUUCAGCAGUAGCAUUUUCAUUUUCAAUUACCCAUGAAGGUUGGGAUGUUAAUUUUGAUCGUGAAGUGCUCCAUUUAGUUUGGGCAUCUGGAAUUCGUUCUUGGAAAAAACGUUUAGCUAGGUUUAAGAACAAUGUACGCAAUGGAGUUUUCCCAGCUCCAUUACAAAGUCUUUGGGCUAUGAUGGGUAUUGUGCUUGCUCUUCGUUAUGCCAAUAAUAGUUUUAUUAAAUAUACAGACAUAAUAUUACAAUGGUUACCUGGGACAUCCUACAUAUGGCAAAUAGUAUCUUGUUUUAUUUUAUCUUUAACUUUUUGGUUAAUAUUAAUUUACAUAGUAAGAUACACAUUUAAACUCAUGUUAAUGUAUAAAGGAUGGAUGUAUGAAAGCAGAGGAGGACAUAAAGUGUCUUUACAAACCAAACUUUGGGGCUUAGGUAUAAAACUACUUUCUUCAAAAAGUAAACCAUUACUUUACAGCUAUCAAGGUUCAUUGCCAAAACUUCCAUUGCCUCCAGUUAAUGAAACUAUGAAAAGAUAUUUAAAAAGUGUUCGUCCAUUAAUGAACGAUUCUGAAUUUGAAAGUAUGAUAAAGCUAGCCUGUGAAUUUGAAAAAGGCAUUGCAGUCAAGCUUCAGCGAUAUUUGUGGUUGAAAUCAUGGUGGUCAAGUAAUUAUGUAUCAGAUUGGUGGGAAGAAUAUGUGUAUUUAAGAAGUCGAACACCUUUAAUAGUUAAUUCAAAUUUUUAUGGCACUGAUGCAAUAAUGUUACAUUCGACACCUAUUCAAGCUGCUCGUGCUGCCAUGAUAAUUUGGCAGUGUUUACAGUAUAGAAGACUGAUUGAACGUCAAGAACUUGAACCGAUAAGAGUUCAAGGAUUAGUUCCUUUGUGUUCAUGGCAAUAUGAAAGGAUAUUUAAUACAACGCGUGUUCCUGGUGCUGUGAGUGAUAAGAUUGUUCACUACAACGAUAGUAGACAUAUUGUAGUGUAUCAUGCUGGACGGUAUUUCAAAGUCAUUAUCUAUAGUCAAAAUCGUAUACUUCAUCCUUGUGAAAUUGAAGAACAAAUACAAUCAAUUCUCGAUAACACAGAAAAACCAUAUACUGGCGAAGAAAAAGUAGCUGCUUUGACUGCUGCUGAUCGAACACAUUGGGCAAAUACUCGCACUCAAUACUUUUUUAAGGGUAUAAACAGACAAAGCUUAGAUGCUAUUGAGAAAGCUGCUUUUGUGGUUACAUUAGAUGAGGUUCCAUAUGAGUAUGACCCUGAAAAUUCAAAAAAGUUGGAUGAGUUUGGAAGAAUAUUAAUGACUGGCAAAGGAUAUGACCGAUGGUUUGAUAAAUCAUUUACUUUAUGUAUUGGAUCAAAUGGAAGAGUGGGCUUUAAUGCUGAACAUUCAUGGGCUGAUGCCGCAGUCAUGUCUCAUCUUUGGGAGUUCAUCAUUUUUGAUGAAGCAGAAAAAUCUGGGGCAGAUGCACCGGUUAUGGGUCAUUUAUGGGAACAUUUUCUAUGCGGCGAUCUAGUUGUGGGAUAUCAAGAAAAUGGACACACUAAAGGUUCUCCAGAAUUAGAACCGCCAAAACCAAUAAGGCUUCAAUGGAAUUUAGAUCCAGUGUUAGAAGCUAUUGAAAAGUCAUAUCAAGUCUCAUUAGCAUUAGUGAAUGAUAUUGAUCUGCGUAUUUUGGCAUUCAAUGAUUAUGGCAAGGGAUUCAUGAAAACUGCUAAAGUCAGUCCAGAUGCGUUUAUUCAGAUGGCACUCCAACUGGCAUAUUAUAGAGACGCUGGUAAAUUUAGUCUUACAUACGAAGCAUCAAUGACCAGAUUGUACAGAGAAGGUAGGACUGAAACUGUGAGACCCUGUACUUUAGAAUCUUCAACUUGGGUGAAAUCAAUGUUGGAUCCAAAUGUCGAUAUAAACAAACGUAUUAAUCUAUUGAGACAAGCAUGUGCAACUCACCAAAGAGGUUAUCAAGAUGCAAUGUGUGGAAAAGGAAUUGAUAGACAUUUGUUUUGUUUAUACGUGGUUUCAAAGUAUUUAGAAGUCGAGUCACCAUUCUUAAACAAAGUAUUGAGUGAACCAUGGAGGUUGUCCACAUCACAAACACCACAUGGACAGACUACUCAGUUUGACUUGAGGAAAUUUCCUAAUUGCAUUUCUGCUGGUGGUGGAUUUGGUCCUGUAGCCAAUGAUGGAUAUGGUGUUAGUUACAUAAUAGCUGGUGAAAAUUUGGUUUUCUUCCACAUCUCAAGCAAAAAAAGUUCUCCUCACACUGAUUCUAAUAGAUUUGCCAUUCGUAUUAAGGAGGCACUGAAUGACAUGAAAUCACUGCAUGAUGAUUGGAAUAGAAGUACAAAAAACAUGAGCUCAUAAUAUGGCUAUUGACUGCAUAGUAUAUUAUGUUAAUUUGGUUUAAUUAUGGUAUUGUUUGGAAAGUAUAAUGUUCAUAACAUUUGUGUGGUAUUUAGUUGUAAGGUCUCAAUUGUUAUGAACUUCAACAUAAUCUGUAUUAUUGUCAGUAACAAGUAUUUUAUUUUUAAUAACUAUUUUUAAACAAUAUUUUUUUUGUUGAUUAAAUUGUUUUUGUGA